UCCUAAGAAGUCUAAAACUGCACCGAGCAGGCAAGCAUCAUUCACUCGCUUGACACGCACUCUUGGAUCACACUCAUAGUGCGCGCAUAAAAAUGCUGAUGGCAUUGAAACUGGCUCACAGAGCUUCACUGAUGGUGCUCUUAAUUUGCACGGACAAGUUGCAUUGCAAUGUGGAUCCCCCCGAGGAGAUUAAAAUCAUAGAUCCUGGUCAUCUUGGCCGUCUGGAGAUAACAUGGACUCUCCCAUCCGGUUUAAUUAAUACCCAAGAAUGUGCUAUACAUUACCAGUUGGAAUACUUCAACGCAUAUACGAAGCGUUGGGACGUUAUUCAGACACCUCAGAGGACAUACAGCGCUCAGUUUGAUCUGAUGAAGGACAUCAGCGUGAGAGUGUACACCCUGCUGGGUGGAUGCGGCACUAAUAACACUUGGAUCAAGAGUCUAAACUACAAAGAACUGGUGCAGAAACCUCCUGGCACAGGUCGUCAUGGUAAGGCUGUGAAAGAUUUUGGGUGUGUGAUUUAUAACAUGGAGCACAUGAUCUGCAAUUGGAAUAAACACCCAAACGCUCCAGCCUCCUCACAGUUUCAUAUGUACUACUGGCACAACGAACUGGAAAAAACAGAGGAGUGUCCUAAGUACCUCUUUACAAAUGAAGUCAAGAGUGGCUGCAACUUUACAGGAAAACAUUUCCCCGAUUUUACUGACAUCAACUUCUGUGUUAAUGGCUCCUCUUCCGAAGGUCCCCUGAUGCCUACGUACGCCUGCAUUCAAAUCCAAAACUAUGUGAAACUUGAUCAUGCGGACAAGCCCGUUCUGCUGACAGGUCAACUCGCCCAUAUCAACCUUCUCUGGAGGAAACCUGAUGGGAGAGUUCCUGAGCACUGCCUAGAAUGGGAGGUGGAGCACACCAAAGAAGGCCCUCAUGGGAAAAAUGAAUCUCAGCGCAUUUCCACCAUGCACACAAGGCUAACUUUUCCCACUGUGGGCAACAAAGAGCGAAACUGCUUCACCGUACGCUCCAGGGUGCACAAAUAUUGUGCGGAGAGAAGCUUCUGGAGUGAAUGGAGUCCCUAUGCAUGUCACUCAGGUGGUUCAAAGUUUGACAAUUGACAAAAUCGACUCGGACGAUUUGCAAUACAUUCCCUUUAAAUGGGAUUAACAUAAUAUACCGAAUACCAUUUCUUUCUUUUGUUUUUUUCCCCCUCUUUUGCUCUCUUUCUCUCUUUUUUUUCUUUUCUCUUCCAAAUACCAUUUCUAAUCAGGGAUAUCAGUAUGUAACAAAGAACAUUUCUAGUCAAAUUUCAUGAUGUUAAGAGUCUCCAGCACUUGAAUGACAACGGUGUCCCGCAUGGGCCCCUUUACUUUUUACUUAUACCUGAAUCAAAAAAUGUUUUUUAUUUUACUAUACAUUGACACAAUUUUACAGUGUUUGUCACUUUGAAAAAAACAUUAAUACCUAUACUUACUGUGAAUGGGAUACAGUGCACCAACUAAACAACAUAAUGGAAUAGAUAUUAGCGGUGCCUGGAUUUAUGAGUGACCCGGAUUAGGUUGUUGUUUUGACUUGCGAACAGAUGCGAUGAGAGUGCCAGAUGGUUUGUCAGAGAGUGAACAAUUCUUAAAAAAAAAAAAAAAAGGCCUCAAGCUAUUUAUGGCCACUCCCAGUUUACUGUCAAACUGAACAAAAGUCCGGUAGCAAAACAAACAAUGCAAAAUGUUAUAGAUGGUCUGAGGCGUAGCAUCAGUGUUGCCUUGUUUUGUCUUUAAACAAUGGAUAUUUCAACACAAACAGUAAGAACAGAUUCAGAAAGACAAAAAAAUAAUAGUCACAACUAUAUAUUAGUUAUCCUCUGCGAAACACAGCCAACAUUACUGCAGUUUACUGAGCAGUUGUGACCGGCUCCUUUAUGUAUAUCCACAUGUCUGUAUUAUACUAGUGGCCAAGGCACACACACACCAGAAGGAGCAGCACGAUAACUUAAUCAUGGUGCACAAACUGUUUCAUUCUUCACAUUCUAUGUCAUUGUUAUAACUGUAUGUUUUUAUUAAGUACAAUACUUUAUUGUAAUAAUUUUGUUAUUAGAAAGCAUGUGACAACAUUUUGCUGGUAUUUUUUGGGGAGGCUAGAGUGGAUUAAUGGCAUUUUCAUUCAUUUCAAUGGGGAAAGAUGAUUUGCUAAAUGUUUUUAGUUAUGAGCAUGGUCACGAAUGAAUUAAAUUCGUAAGUCAAGGCACCACUGUAUUUAUACUUAACAAUGUAUGAGUGUAUCUUAUGACCAUGUUACAGGAAAAAAAAAAAAAAAUCUAAAUAUGCAUCAACAACAAUAUCCACAUUAGGUAUUUGUGUUUUUUUCUUGUCAAUGCUUUCCUUCUAAUAAAAUCUGUAAACUCUGA